AUGAUUGGGUCAGCUUCUCGAAAACUUAUUGAUGGAUGCAAGCUAUCCACUGAAAAUAUAACAGUACGAUUCAUGAGAAAUGACACCUGGUCCUUGAUGGUAGGAGAAAUCUGUAAAUUGCCUGUCACUGUAGAUCAGGAUAACAACCAGAAAACACAUGUGAGAAGGCAUAUAAUAGAGAAACUAUGUGAAAGUAAUGAAGACAAUCAGACCUUCAGCCAGAUUCCAAAUCUUUCUGUGCUCAAAAGAACUCCUAUGGAAGCAGAUCCUUCUGAAUGCCUUAAGUGUGGACAAUCCUUGAUGAAUCAUUCAUCACUUAAGCAUCACAUCAAAUCUCACUCUGGAUGCAGUGCCUAUCAGUGUAAGGAAUGUGGAGAAGCCUGCAGUUGUCCCUCUUACCUCAGCACUGAUGUGAGAACUCUUACUGGAGAGAAAUCCUACGAAUGUAAGGAAUGCGGCAAAGGCUUUCGUCGUUCCUCAAAGCUUACUAUACAUAUGGGAAUUCACAGUGGAGAAAAGCUUUAUGUAUGUAAGGAAUGUGGGAAAGCCUUUAGUUGUUCCUCAGAUCUCACUGCACAUAUGAGAACUCACAGUGGUGAGAGGCCAUAUGAAUGUAAGGAAUGUGGCAAAUCAUUUUGUCACUCCUCAGACCUCGGUAUACAUACAAGAACUCACAGUGGUGAGAGGCCUUAUGAAUGUAAGGAAUGUGGCAAAGCCUUUAGUCGGUCCUCAUACCUGACUUCACAUAGAAGAACACAUACUGGUGAGAGACCUUAUGAAUGUAAGGAAUGUGGCAAAGCCUUUAGUUGGUCCUCAGCCCUCACUGCACAUAUGAGAACUCACAGUGGUGAGAGGCCAUAUGAAUGUAAGGAAUGUGGCAAAUCAUUUUGUCACUCCUUAGACCUCGGUAUACAUACAAGAACUCACAGUGGUGAGAGGCCUUAUGAAUGUAAGGAAUGUGGCAAAGCGUUUAGUCAGUCUUCACACCUCACUUCACAUUUAAGAACUCACAGUGGUGAGAGGCCUUACGAAUGUAAGGAAUGUGGCAAAGCAUUUAGUCAGUCUUCACACCUCACUUCACAUUUAAGAACUCACAGUGGUGAGAGGCCUUAUGAAUGUAAGAAAUGUGGCAAAGCCUUUAAUCGCUUCUCCUACCUCACUCAACAUGUAAAAGCUCACAGUGGAGAGAGGCCUUAUGAAUGUAAGGAAUGUGGCAAAACCUUUAUUCAGUCCUCACACCUCACUGCACAUAAGAGAAGUCACUGUGGAGAGAGACCUUAUGAAUGUAUGGAAUGUGGCAGAGCCUUUUUUCACUUCUCAGGCUUCACUAUACAUAUGAGAACUCACAGUGGUGAGAGGCCUUAUGAGUGUAACUAAUGUGGCAAAGCCUUUUAUCACUCCUCAGGCCUCACUGUACAUAUGAGAACUCACAAUGGUGAGAGGCCUUAUGAAUGUAAGAAAUGCAGCAAAGCCUUUCGUCAGUCCUCACACCUCACUAGACAUGUAAGAGUUCACAGUGGAGAAAGGCUCAGUAAGGAAUGUGGGAAAGCCUUUA